CUUAGCUCUGUUUCCAAUCCAGGCUGUCCGUUUAAUUUUCUAAUUUUAAUUGUUAACAACAGUUUUAAAGAGAAACAAGUUUUUGUCCUUUUUUUGUUGUUUAUUUAAGCACAAUGUCUGUACGUGCCGUCGUGUCCAAGGAUGGCGAGAUUUUGGAUACGGUGGAGUCGUCUUGCCAGGUCGGAUUCCCAGCCCUCGCCUGUUCCAUCCUCGACGUCAAGAAGAGGCUCAACGCCGUCCUGACCGGACUCAUUGGCCGUGAAGACGCACUGGACGAGGAAGAGGAUGAAAAUGACGACGAGGAGGAAACAGAAGAUGGCCGAGGUACCAAAAGGAAGAAUUCCGACUAAAAAUCAACCAACUUAUACCAUAAACAAUAAUAUUUAAAAAAAUAAAUUUUUUAAGUAAAAUUGAAUUGUUAAUAUAAUAACAGCAAUUGAAACCUCCCACUGUUUUUUAUAACCUUGCAGAGGUUAUCUUACAACCCUUGCGACUUUUGUCUUAUUUGAUUCUUCUUACAAUCUUAUUAAUAUUUAAAUUUGGAAAUGUCUUCGGCCUUUUCCAGAAUUUUAUCCAGGACGGGAUUUGUUAGGAUGGUAAGUCGUGAAUUGAGACCGGUGAGGCGAAUGAGCAUGCAAGAUGCAAAGGCUCCAGUUGGCAUGGGGCCUGUCACAUGGAAAUCCCUGGGGAUCACCAGUGCCAUAGGAGGCGGGUUGUUUUUCUACAUGCUCUACCUCAAGGGCCAAAAGGAAAGAGCUAUGGAGUUGGAGAGGAAGCGGCAAAUUGGCAAAGCGGCCAUCGGUGGGUCGUUCCAGCUCGUCGACCACACCGGCAAGAUGGUGACGAAUGAAGACUUCCUCGGCAAAUGGCUGCUGAUAUACUUUGGCUUUACCCACUGUCCCGACGUGUGCCCUGAGGAGAUGGAAAAGCUCGCCGAAGUAAUUGAUAAACUUGAUAAUAGCAGCUAUAAAGUUCCGAUCCAGCCACUUUUCAUAUCAGUAGAUCCAGAUCGCGACACACCACCCUUAAUCAGCAAGUACAUCACAGAGUUCUCCCCUCGUUUCAUCGGCCUCACUGGGACGAAAGAGCAGGUCAACGCUGUAUGCAAGGCAUAUCGUGUGUACUUUAGCGCCGGGCCCAAGGAUGUAGACAACGACUACAUCGUCGAUCAUACAAUAAUAAUCUACCUCGUCAAUCCUGAUGGUGAGUUUGUCGACUACUAUGGGCAAAACAGGAAUGCGCAUGAGAUCGCCGAGAGCAUCAAGUUGAACCAGGCGAAACACGAAUCACUUACAAAAAAGACCUGGCUUGCCAAUCCUUUCGGGACAAGAGGGGUGCUUACGAGCUAAUAGGAAGGCUUAAAAUUAGUCAGAGCUUUGUAAAUAAAUUGAACAUAACGCUCAUAAAUAUUAAUAAACAUUCUCUUUUAUUAACCAGGAUGUAUUUUGACCAUGCUUUGUUGGUAAUGUACUUAUGAUAAACGAAUUAAAAAUAAAGGUUGGACUUCUGAUUUUUUGUAAC